UUUUCCUCUCACAACUAUUGUACUUCUAAAUCCCAUGUGAUUCUAAUAAUCCGUCAUUAACGCUUAUUGGAAAGAAGAAAAAAAAUAUAGAAAUAGUAGCAUAAAAGGCACUCACAUGUGUAAUUGUACCCAAUAGUUCAUCCUUUUUGAAUGAUCUAUAGUUACUCCUACUUUUCAGGAGUUAGUUUCCAAUUUCUUAGGGUAGAAAUACUUGGAGCAAACCUCAAAAUUGAGGCAUUCAAGGAAAACCAGAUGGAAGGAGAAGCUAAGGCAAUUCUCAAAGUAUGGUUCAUAGUUUUAGCCUCAUUUUGUUAUUGCUACUUCAUAGUUUCCAAAAUUCCAAAAGGAAAAUUUAGAAUUUUCUCUCUCCUCCCAGUUUUCACCCUUUUUACCCUUUUACCCUUCUCUCUCUCCUUAGUUAUACCUGCAGGAAUCACAGGUUUUUUCAUCACAUGGCUUGGUAACUUUAAACUUUUAUUAUAUUGCUUUAAUCUCGGCCCUUUAUCAGAUAACCAAUUUAUCAAAUUAUCUCUCCCUAAAUUUAUCCUAAUUGGUGCAUUUCCUAUCAAAAUAAAAAACCCAUCUACCCAAAAUAAAAUAUACACUAAAGUUUUGCCCUUAAAUAUAUGGUCUGAAACCUUAUUUUUCUCCAUUUUAGUGGGUAUUUGUGACAUUUAUAAAGAAAGAUUACAUCAAAAUUUAAUAUUUGUGAUAUACUAUUGUAUGUUGUAUUUAUUCCUUGAUGUAAUCAUGGGAAUUAGCAAUAAAUUUGUGGGGUCCAUCAUAGACGUGGAGCUAUAUCCACCGUCUGAUGAACCUUACUUGUCCACUUCUUUACAAGAUUUUUGGGGUAGGAGAUGGAACCUCAUGAUAACAGAUAUUUUGCGUCACACAGUAUAUAAACCCACGAGGACAUUUUUGUCCAAUUACAUGGGCCUAAAAUGGGCCACAAUUCCUGCUGUAAUGGCAGCCUUUUUAGUAUCUGGGCUUAUGCAUGAGCUGAUUUUUUACUAUCUGACACGUGUUACUCCUUCGUGGGAAGUUAUGUUUUUUUUUGUGUUACAUGGGCUUUGUGUUAUGUUGGAGGUUUAUUUGAAGGAUUCUUUGGGCCGAAAGGUGGGCUUGUACGGGAUCAUAACUGGGCCGCUAACCAUUGGGUUUGUUAUGGGUUCGGGCUAUUGGUGGUUCCUUCCACCACUUGUGAGAAACCAUGUUGAUAUUAGGGCUAUUGAGGAGUUUAAGAUAGUGUAUGAGUUUACAAAAGGAAUUUUUAAAUAAUGAUGUUAUUUUUUUUGUUUUUUCGUGUAUUUAUGACAAUUGUAAUUGCAUAUUGUAUGUAUUUAAAUGAUAUUAGAGUAACCCUUAACUUUUUAUUCUUGAUAAUCUUUAUCUUACAUUAAUUAGUAGUAAAACAACUUUUGUUGUUAAAGAAUAUGUUUAUAUAUGGUGUACUCCUUGUGUUUUUUUUAUCUUUUUCAUUGUGCACAUCUCUCAAUGCACGUCUUUGAAUUUAUAUAUCUUUCAUUAUAUUUUAGUAAAAAUUAUAACGAUUGAAUAUUAAUAAUGUACUAAUUGAGACGAAUCAAACAUGAUCCCAUAUGACUAUUUUUUCUAAUAAAUUAAAAAAAUUGAGAAGAUUCUAAGUAUGAAUAGUGU